AUGUCAGAAAGGACACGAGCAGCUAUUAUUGAUCAGGUUGGUAAUAUCAACACCCUAGGCGUAAAAGAUAUAGAAAUCAGCAGAAUCCCUGAGAACUUUGUCGUAAUAAGGACUGAAUUCGCAAGUAUAAGCCCAGGUGACGAGCUUUUAUAUAAAGGGACAUUUGGUUAUAAUUUCCAAAGCAACACAAUUGGCUUACUUAAACUUAAAUGCAGGUUUGUCUUCUGCCUAUUGAUGAGUAGUCACCAAGGAUCCCCUAGUGGAUUCACAACAAAAGAUAGGGAAAACUUCUUUGAGUUAGAUGACUAGCCGAGCAUGGAUCGGCUCUUGCACCAUGGCACCUGCGAAGUAGGGUUCUGCGUCUCCAUCCUUACCUAACGACUUCAGUGUUUGGUAGGAAGGCUAUGGACUUCUGUGGUGUGCUGAUUGGCUUGAAUGUUGUCCGCAUAAAAUCUCAAAAAAUAGAGCUUUCAGUAAAAAGAAAAAUUAAAAGUCUGAAGCCUAACUCCAAGUUUAAUGCUAGGAAGAUGCCUGAAUAAUUUAUGCAUUGCCUGUAGACACUGCUUGGCGUUCUCUUUUCUACUCUGAAUCCACCUUUUCCCUCAAGGUAAAAUCCAACCCUGAAAGAGCUUUAGGACUAGGCUUUGUGCAUUACCUGAAUUGCUUACCUAAGUAUUGCUCUCAAAACCUUAUGGAUAUAAAUAAAAUCUGCCUGGGCUGAUACGCCAUUUUAUUUAUAUGCACUAUUGGCUUACAAGGCAGUGGAACCGUAAUUAAAAGCGGCGGAAGUGUUUUAGCUAAUUCUCUGCUAAAUAAAAGAGUCGCAUUUAUGUCUUUUGGCCAUGAUGCCAUUGGGUCAUUUUCUGAACUAGCUUUAACUGAUGCGAAUUUUGUGCUUCCAAUUAGGGACGACCUAUCUUUUGAAGACGCCGCAAGUGCGUUUACUGCUUUGACAGUAGAAUACAUUAUGAGUAAAAUCCGAAGAGGAAACCAUAGAGCAGUUAUACAAAAUGCAGCAGCAAGCAGUAUCCUAUCCCUAUUUUAUAUAUAAAAAAUUUCCUAUAUAUUUAGCCUUAAACAAACUUAAAGUGAUAUAUUAUAUUGGUAAAGCAGUUAUUAAGUAUUGUAACUAUUAUGGAAUUGAAACUAUUAAUAUUGUCAGAAGAGACGACCAAAUAGAAAUUCUAAGAUCAAUAGGUGCAGAAAACGUGUCAGUACAACUGAAGCUGGGUGGAAAGAUAGGGUGAGACAAUUGUCUAGGGAAUUGAAGGCAACAGUUGCAUUUGAUGCUAUAG